GCAAAAAUGAAGGGAUUAAGACCAGGAUGGGCAGUGAAGGCGAUCCUUGUCGUGAUAUUCACAUCUAUGUUCUUCCGCUGCGUCUCUGCUGGCCCUGCAGCUGCUGCAACCAACACCAACCACUCUGUUGGUGGAGCUUCCGGUUGGGAUCUCUCCUCCAACCUCCAAGCAUGGGCUGCUCGCGCCACUUUCCGUGCGGGCGACUCUCUUGUUUUCAGGUACACGCCGGUGCACGAUGUGCUGGAAGUGGGGAACAUGGACUACGAUUUGUGCCACACAAUAGACCCAAUGGAGACGCACAAUGAUGGGGAGACGGUUAUUCCAUUGAGGCAAACCGGAGACAGGUACUUCAUAUGUGGGAGGCUGGACCACUGUGCCAUAGGCCUCAAGCUCCAUGUUCUUGUCCUGCCUGCUCUGCAGAUGAGUCCCAAUGUUAAUGCAACCUCUCCCAGCAGCCCCUUGAUCACUAGUCCUUCAUCAAAUACUACUAGUUCAAUUUCCAACAACAGCAGCAGACAUGGUCCAGAUGGUCAAGCAGUGGGAAAUGAUCAUGUGCUGCCUUCUCUGCCGCCAUCUACUUCCAAUUACUCGAUUAAUUCUACACAAGGUUCACCUCCUGAUCAUGCUACAGGCAAUAGUACUACAUCUGAUGGGCACUUAACAUGGGGCAGCACCUGGAUCCAGCUAUUGGUUACAGUAGUUGCAGCACUGAUCAUGCAGCUCAUGUUUUCCUCUUCUUCGAUUCCUUGGUGGAGCGCCACCUCCAUAGCUGUGUGUGUUUUCUUCACUCGUGCUGCCCUGUUUCUUCAUGUCACUGUUGUUACUGCCGAGUUACUUGUGAUCAUUCAUGCUGUCGUAUUUCUUUUCAUCAUUGGAACCAUUGUUGGGGUUCUUCUUCAUUAGAAGCACUGUUCCUGGUGCUGCGUUUCUUGUCGUGGUUAGAGCCAUUGUCACCGCUGCUGCUGCUGCUGCUGCUGCUGCGUCUCUUCUCUUCACUGCUUUGAGAUUGCUCGGGUCUUAAGUAAUUCGCCUGGGUCUGAUUUGCUAGCUAGCAAAUAGCUAUACAUAGAUAGAAUAUUAUGGAUGGAUAUAAUAUGAGAAGCCUAGGCUGAUAGGUAUAGCUAUACAACUUGAAGGAUAUAGAUAUUUUGUAGUUAGUCAAAUAUUGUUGUUAAUUCUCCUUCCAAUUACUAAACUG